UAAAACCGGAAAUGGACCGGCGUCCUACAGAACCUCCGCUGUUUACGUUCGGUGUGAUAGCUGACAUCCAGUACGCUGAUAUCGACGAUGGGUACAACUACACCCGAACCAACCGGCGGUACUACCGGACCAGCCUGCAGCUGCUGAAAAAGGCCCAGAAAAGUUGGUCCGAGUCGGAGCCGAAACCGGACUUUGUUCUUCAGCUGGGUGACGUCAUCGACGGCUUGAACGUGGCUCGCGGAGCCUCGGACCGGGCCCUGGACAAGGUCCUGGCCGAGCUCAGCUCCGGUCCCGGUCCGGUCCAUCACGUGUGGGGAAACCACGAGCUGUAUAACUUCAGCAGGAGCGCGCUGAUGCUUUCACGGCUCAACAGUAAAGUUCUGGCUGACCAGAGUCCGACCGGAACCCCGGCUCGCUCAGACAUCUACGCCUACCAGUUCUGCCCUGUCCCGGGGUUCAGGUUCGUCAUCAUGGACUCUUACGAUGUGGGCCUGCUGGGUCGAGAGGAGUCCUCCGAACAGUACCAGGAGGCCAAGACUCUGAUCCAAAGGUACAACAAGAACCAGGACCUCAACUGUCCUCCAGGUUCGUCAUUGAUUGGACGUUCAUUCAUUCAUGUAUUAAUGAUAAUUACAGUUCAGAACUCUGACCCGUAUGUUUCAGACUCGGAGGACCAGGGUCGGUUUACGAUGUUCAACGGUGGUUUCAGUCCGGAUCAGCUGGACUGGCUGGACUCGGUUCUGUCCUCAGCUGAUGGGAACCAGGAGAAAGUCACGUUAGUCAGUCACCUCCCGGUCCACCCGUACACCACGGACUCCGUUUGUCUGGCGUGGAACUUCGAGGAGCUCCUGGCCAUCAUCCGCUCCCACAGCAGCGUCGUGUGCUACAUGGCGGGACACGUCCACGACGGCGCGUAUCACCAGGACGAGAGCACCAGGGUGCACCACCUGACGAUGGACGGGGUGAUCGAGACGCCCCCUCACAGCGCCGCCUUCUGCACCGUCUCCGUCUACUCGGACCGGAUGGUUCUGAAGGGGAGUGGGAGGGUAAUGGAUCGAGUCUUCCUGUUCUGAUGGGACCCAGCGUGCAGUUAAACCCAGAGAACCUUUACAGGUCACGUUCCAUGUCCUUCCUGAACGGUGUGGAUGGAAACUUUACGUCUGAAUCAUUGAGGUUCUGAAGAAUUCAGGGAUUUGAAGUCACUUUACUGGAAGAUUUCUUCUAUUUUUAGCACACACACAAAAAAAAAAGAAAUAUGGAGAAAAUACUCUUUAGGUGCAAUUUAUAUGAAGAUUUGUGGCACUUAGCUUUUGGCUAUUAUUACAGUGUGUUAAAAAUUAACAUUUUCCAUUAUACAGGAAAUAUAUAAA